UGACGUCAGUGUCAGCUGUCUUCACACAACACAAUCAAUCAGAGUGGUCUCAUGCCUGCAAGACAUGCAGUCAGUCGGGGGCCUUUUACAAUGAUAUAGUGUCAGAGGAACACACAAUCAUCUUAUGAAUCGACUACUGUAUAUUGACUGAGUUCUUGGGUGCAUACUUAAACAGUGUCAGCUUCUAUGGCGGAUUCCCACGCCCAGCUGUGUUCUCCUUGAAUCGGAUGAUGAAAUUGCCCAGGCAGCCGUUCAGAUAAGAUCUUUUUGUCUCCACAUUCAUGGUGGUGCAGUUAGCCGAUGGAAAGAAACUCGCUCAAACAGCUCAGCAUGGUCUCCAGACUACCCAAGUUUGCUAGUCGUCCCCCAGGCACCACCAUAACCUCCCUUCCUCAAGGAUCUGCCCUCCCUGUCUCUUCUGUGGGUUGCAAAAGUGCACCUUUAGGGGGGGAACAUAGUGUGACAUGCGUGCCAUCCCUUAAAUGGAGAAAAUGUGAAGAGGGAAAUAAGUUUCAGCACACUGACAGUUUGGAAGAGACCAGUUUAAUUGCAUGCCCUCAGCCAGUUGUAAUGGCAAUUCAAAAGCCAUCCUCUGCUACAGUUAAAUGUAAGACUGUUGUCCCCACUGCACAGAGUAGUGCUACCAAAUCUGUACCCCAGGCCAACAAAACCUAUCCCCAGAGGAAUACCCCCAAAUGCCUUUCCACAAGGCAUUCCCUCUAUAAUGGCACAGCCACUCUAAAUGGAAUGACCGGUGUUAAGGGGCGUAAUGGAUCUUGCUCCUCAGGGUCUGGACUGGGUCAUUCAUCCCAGCCAAGAACCUUGGAUAACCCACUGUCCUUAUCCAAUGACAGCCUCAAGUCGGCCUCUAAAGAGAACAUAGUGCGCUCUCAGAGUUUCACGCACUUCAAGAGGGCAGCAUCCCCCGCCCACCCACCCAUGACCCGUUCAUUCUCUUUUAACAAAGCUACAGAACUUGCUAAUGAAAUUCCCAGGCCUUUAGCACAAUCCCCAGUGGCUAGGUCACCCCUUAUUCAGCCUAAUCCAGUGUUAACAGGGGAAAAAUCAAGCAAGUUUGGGUUUUUAAGGCCACCUGGAAGUACAAGUGGUGGCUCUAAGCCAAUGGUCACAAUGAAGAAAUCCUUAUUACCAAGCUUUUCAAGUAACAAGCCUUCGUCACUUAGCUAUAGACUUACACGCCCUUCACUCACCAAGUAUCGUGGCACUGUUGGAGCCAGGGCUGAUCAAAAUGAAGAAGAGGUAAGUAAAAAGAACAAAGACUCAGAAAACUGUUUCGAUCGAACUAGCAAAGUUGAAAGUGCCGAAACUACCAUGGACAAGACACCUUAUGAAGCAGAGAUAGAGCACCGUUUGGGCCCUUCUUUGGACGUCUUAGAGGACAUGUCCUUCUCUUCCUCUUCCUCCCUGGAGCACAAUGACACUAGUGAAGAGUAUAUGGAUGACUUUGACAAUCUGGGUAAUGGAGGUGAGAUCUUGCUGCUGUCUGUCCACAAGGAGGGGUUGGAUGUUCCAGGACUGCAUGAGGAUGACAGCGUUCUAAUUACUAAGUGCAAUGAGGAUUCAUCAGCGGCCAGCCUGCACAGCUUCUUGUCAGAAACUGUUGAUUGGGCAGGGAUGGGCCUUACAGCUGGCAAAGAUGACUUUGAGAGCAAGAUUUUGUCUCCUGUGGGCGAUUUUCCACACGGUUCAUCUCUGGACCUUUCACCCUCAGUCAGCUCUGGUGGAACGUACAUGUGGGAUGAAGAGGGGAUGGAGGCACUGGGAGGCUCUGGACACCCAUGUGGGAGCUUUGACUCUGACCUCAACAGCAUAGACAUUCUAAACGACCUUGAGAAUGUGGAGUCAUGUGACCUGGAGGAAGAUGACCUCAUGCUGGAUUUAGACCUGUCUGAAAAUGCAUCCUUACAAAGCGACACCGAUAAGCUGUCACUUCAUGAAUGCUCUGAAACAGGAGGCUUUUCAAAUCAGAGGAGGAGACGACAGCAGCUCUGGAGCAGACAUGAUCAGUUCUGCCGUGAAAGCAGAAGUGGCAUUUUGCAGUCAUUUGAUGGGUGUCAGGGACAGGGGUUGGAGAGGUCGGGGUCGGACCAUGUGACGCUGGAUGAGUUGACCCUGAACCACAUGGCUCUGGAGUGCUCCUCUGUCAAAGUGCAGCUGCUUCGGUUGAACACACUGCUUCAGAUGAAGGAAGAUGGUUCAGUUGAAGAGAUUUUAGAGGCUCAGACUCCAGAUUCUACUGACCAAUGUUUACUUGAAGAAAAGGUGACGUUGCUCCUGAAGGAGGUGCAGGAAUUGAAAAAUGAGCUCAGAAACAAAGAGAAGAUGAUCACUGAACUUACACAGCAGAUGUCCUCUCCAGUGGAAUGUCACUGCCGGCAAGAGUCUGAGGGUCACAGUGGGUCCGAGCUCCAGGACAAGAGCAAUCAAACCCCAUGGACACAUAACGUGAGUAUAUUCCCAGAGAAAAGGCUGUUUCUCUCUUUCCUCUAUGCAGGGCAUAUUGUUUGCCCCUCUCCUUUCUUCUUGGCAACACCCACAGCGGGGGAGCGUGCGGCAAUGUGCGCCACGCCACCACCGACAGAGAGUGGAGCGUCUAGUGCACUACAUCAGAGACACAGCGUGCCUCAGAUACUACAAGCUCCCAGAUUCAUACCCAACAAGCUCCACCCCAAUGAAAGACUAUCAAGUUCAGCCCCUACAGAGGCCCAUUGUGACAAUGUGGAUGCCCAGUCUGGUCACCGCCCACUGACGCCCCAGUUCUGUUCUUCAAAUCUACAGAGUCCCAUGGCCGUUGAGUCUGCCCCAGUUUGUAUUAUUCCUGCUAAUAGCACUACUGCCUUCCCAUCUAUAACAUUGCAGAACUCUGAUCCUGAUGAGCUCAGCCUCAUGAGCAGCGACCUUAAAAUCAGUAAGUCAGCAAGCUCAUCAGCUCCUAGCAACCCUUCCUGUAGGUUAGAGAAAGGUACCCAAAAACGUCCCUUGGCAAGAAGCAGUUUUCCAACCGUGCCACCACCCAACUACACUAAGAGAGCUACAACACCCAUCAAGCCCCAGGAGGUACAACGGGUCAGCAUGAUGACAGGAGCCCUGGGUAGGCUGGGAAAUACAGCUCUGUCCAGGACAAGACAUCAACCAGCUCAUAGACUACCAUGCAUAAACCCAGCGAGUCGAGCUCCGAUGCAUGCCACCGCUGCAGCACUGAUAUAUACCCCGCAAAACCAAGGGUUUAGACAGUCUCAAUCUCACAAGGAUUCAGAGAUCAGUUUGGCCCGACCCCGUGCAUCCCUCCAGCCCAACCAUUCCCGUCUUCCUAAACCAAAGACCCAAUGACCGUCACCCACAAUAAACCCCGGCCCCUUUUUUCCAUCUCCACAGCUUCUGUAAUUCUAGAUAAGCUAAGCUUGGGACAUACCAGAAUGCAGCACGGCUGCAUCUUAAGCCACGCUUGUAAGGUAUCAUUGAUAUUACAGUAUUCUUUAAACAUGAUUGAGCAUGCUGCUCUGUUUGAUCUGCUGGGCUCUCCAGAUAAAUAAUAUACUCAAGGUCACACUCGAAGCUAUGCACAUUAGCCUUCAAAUCAGGAAUUCCGUUGGAGAUGAAAGCUAAAUAACGCUUCAAAAUAAUCGUGGUGUAUAAAUUCAAUAUAUGUUAAAUGCGUGAGUUCAAGAUUCUCAAGUAAUAAUACAUAAUGAUGAAUCCCCAAGAACCGUGAAUUGUGCAGGCAAAUAGUUUGUAGAAAUAGUGUUGUAGUUUCAUAUCCCUAUCAAUACACAAGCCUACCAAUAUAGAUUUAGACUAACCUGAUCAAAUGAAGUCAUGGUAAACUCAAAUGCUUUUGUCUGUUAUCUACUGUGUGUUAAACAUGAAAAAUGUUAUCACUAGUUCUAAAUCAUGCACUUAAUCUGAAUUAGAGUGAAAUGACCAAUCUAGUCGAAUUUGUGGACUUUCUGUCUUCCAAAUGUGUAUAUUUUAGAGCAAAGUAUUUCCUCUCUCGCUGUGCCCCAUUUAAAUACAGGUAUCUAACUAAAGUACUAUUACUUUGCAUCAGAUAUUGCUCCUCUGAAGGAACGGGUCAUUUAUGUCAUACUCUGUCUGGCAGAUUUUCAGAGAAGUGUCUCGUCAUAUUGCUUUUCAUUGUAUCGUUUUGCUUGCCUUUGUUCCUUGCUGCUAGCGGAAGGAUUGUGUCCUGCAGGCUCCCACCAUGCAGUGUUCAAAAUGCUAAGUGGAAUUUAGCGAGAGAUUGUGUUCCAAGAAGCCUUGAAUAGAAUGUAAAGUACAAAAAAGAUAAAAAAACAUGCAGGUGUGAAGAGCGUUGACCACAUACGGUGAGGUAGUUGGAAGUGCUUGACCCAGUCCUGACAAUUAAACUACCAAGUUGUACAUGUUCUCGGAACAACUUAUUAAAAAAUCUGAGUUUGUGGAUAGGUUGGCCAGUUUAUCGGCUUGAACAAUAUUCCUUUCAACCGAUCAUAGGGUAGUUUUUGGGUUAGGACACUUUUUGUUCGAUUAUAGUGUUGUUUCUGGGCCAAUAUUGUACUCCGUCAUAGGAUGACAUGUAUUUGUUCAUCAAAAUAUAACCACAUGAAACAGUUACAAAAUAAUUCAAAAGCAGUACAUGACCGAGUCACAGAACAAGGAGCUUGAUAGCUUUUUAUGUAAAGCCAUAAUAAUAUAUCUUAAGGCCUUCUAUAAUGUCCAGGGCAUAUCUAACUAUAAUGUAAAGUGCAAUACAUACAGUAAGUGCUGCAUAUAUUCUUGAGGCCCAGACUUUGGGUGUUUCUUCGUACGCUUAAAAAUAUAUAACAAGCUUACGUUUCGCAUGAAUUCAACUUAAAAACAAUGAAUAGAUGAUAGUCAUCAUUGGCAUACAUUUCUAUGCAAUUCAAGAUUUGGCACUCCAUACCAGUUUGACUAGUGUGUUGAACUACUUUCAGAGUUAGAUUCUGCUUUCAAAAUGAAACCGUGAUUAUUUUUAUUUCAUAACUUUUUUUUAGCUCAGUUUGUUAAACAGCUCAGCAGACCAAUGUUUCCUCCUUCCAUCCAUCCCCCACUUACGGUGAAAGGAAAAGGAUAAACAAGAAAUAUUGCACACUUUUCUGUAAUUCAUUCAUAAAGAAAAAAACUGCCCAGGCUUUGACAUACCAGCUUCCUCCUUUCAUUCCACUUCUAUUCACAUCAAGAUUCGUCUCAUUCGGCUGUCUUAUUGCCUUCGCUUGCCGUACCAAACACCGCAGGACACAGUUAGUUCAGCCAGUGACUUAUUUGCUUCGAAUCCAUCAGGCCCAUCAGUCAACACUAUCUCACCUCGCCUGGCAGCUCAAGUGUACCGCUGCGUCAACGCCUGCGAGUCAAACGGUUUAUCUCUGCAUGUUAGUCCACCUUAUCAUUUACAUCUCAGAAUUCCUUUUCCACUUCAAAAUGCACCUAGAUCUCCUCUAAUGAGGCUGUCGAGAUGACACCCACCUUGCAUCAGAUCCUGAGGACAUUAAAAAGGAUUUGAUGAUAAUACGGUGGAAAGGAAUCCAGGAGAAUUUAGGAAACCAUGGAUAGGUUAGUCCCAAACCCUCAACCUAAUUCCUAAAUCCUCCUCAACAUGCGCUCACCACAAAACGCUCCCAUCACCACCUCUGCUUUCCACUCCUGUCCCCUGCAAUUGCUGGAGAAAGUAUAUAUUUGAGUGCGUUGACGUGACCUCUCUGAUGGACCUGAGACGAGCGCUCUUUUGCUAAAGUGCUUUGGAGUGAAGAUUAUAGUCCCUGUUGAUGGAGGAUAGUAUCGCUCUUACUGGAAGCCAAAGCCAAUGCAGGCGUAUCCUUCAUUUAGUACUGACAAAGCAACAUGGGACACUUUUGUAAAUACAUGUCAUGAAUAUCAAUUCUGUUUAUAUUUUACAUCAAACUUUCUGCAACAGUUUUCAGACAUAUGUGACCCUGGACCACAAAACCAGUCAUAAGUAGCUCAAAUAUAUUUGUAGCAAUAGCCAACAAUACAUUGUAUGGGUGAAAAUUAUCGGUUUUUCUUUUAUGCCAAAAACCAUUAGGAUAUUAAGUAAAUAUCAUUCCAUUAAGAUUCUUUUGUAAAUUCCCUACCGUUAAAUAUAUAGAAACUGUAUUUUUGUGAGUGGAUGAGGCAACAAAAAUGGCUGGAAACACGGCAAACUUCGCUCGCUGCUGCCCGCUCUUUGGCAACUAGCCACUCAAGUUUGGCAUCUAUGUAAAGAGUAGAAUGUCUGCUUUCAGGUUCAUCUACUUUUCACAAUGUCAUUACAGCGGUAAGCCAAUAGAGAGUGUUAAAAACAAACCUGUCUCUUCUUAGCAAUGGCCUGCUACAGUGCCUCUGAUGGACAACUUUAAAGGCGAUUUUCUCAAUAUUUUGAUUGUUUUGAUUCAGUUUCCAGCUGAUGUAUAAAUGUCAAUUUAAGAAUGACCCUUAUGACCGUGUAUUGACCCUGUGGUCCAGGAUCACAUAUACUUUUUUUGGUUAUACAAAUUUCAAACACAUCAUAUUUAUCCAAACAAAUGGAUAGUCCGACUCCAAACGUAAGCCAUUGGUCGAACCAAUGUUACUACAUAAUGUCCGUCUUGUUAUUCCAUAUGCCAUCAAAAGAGUCAGAGAAAUCGUUUGUUUUUUUAACGAUCCCAUUCACUCUUUGGUGUAGAUAUCACACUAUGAAGAAGCCUUUAUAUUGUUUUAUGAAUUAAGGGGUUUUUAUGUAUAUUUAAAUAUGCUUUGAAGAUCAUUCAUGUAUUUUGGGAGUACACUUUCAAAACAAAAGAAAUUAAGCAUUUCACGUGCAGUCUGAUCAACUUCUGCUUUUCUGCAAACUCGAUUUGCUUCCGCAUCUUAGACUAGAUUCAUUUAGCUAGAAUUGUACUAGCUCAUACAUUUGGGGCGCUAUACAGUUUAGUUGGUUUCAUGCUGUCUUUGGAUUGCAGAAACGCAGUACUGACUGCUGAAGUUAGAAUAGUGUAGGCAGAGGAGAGUCUUGAGUUUCCCGUAUUAAAAAUGCAGUACAUUUUCAAAUAACUACUGAUCUCUCAUGUGGAGAAAUACAGGAUUAUCAAUCCUAAAACAAUCACUGCUGUGUUUUUGGUUUACUUGGUUAUGCUACUAUUUCAUCCGGAUGGUGCCAUUGCCCAAUCUGGCCAUGUGUGAAAAAUAAAUCUUGAAAAUUGAUGGUAGUCUGCUGAAAUGAAAAUGUUAUCGUUUGGCUUGUUAAUAGAAACACGCACUCUUAAAAGUAAAGGUACUUAAAGGGUUCUUCACAGCGAUGCCAUAGAAGAACCAUUUUUGGUUUCACAAAGAGCAAUCUCUUUCUUACCUUUCAUAAACCUUUUUUUGUGAAACAGAAAGGUUCUUCGGAUGUUAAAUGUUCUUUACGGAACCAUUUAGACGAAAAAAGUUCUUCUAUGGCAUUGUGAAGCACCUUUAUUUUUAGGAGUGCUGGUCAGUUCUAAGCACCAAAGGGUGAAAAGGGAUGUAAAUGAUCAAGACCUUCUUACUCAAAAUGUAAUGGAUGUACAUGAAAAUGAGAAAGUGAUACACUACUGUCCUUAGAAGGGUGUGUGUUUUUUCUGAAGUAGAGACCAAUGUCUAUUAUUUCACAUUUAUUUUACGUCUGUAAAACAUUGAUAUAGCAUUUGUGGUCUUACCAUUGCUUUUAGGUGUUAAAUAAUAUAUGAAUUACUUGAAAAUGUGUGUCUGUAGCUAUAUACUUUCAUGACACAUUCAUGUCUUAAGGUGGUCAUAUUAAACACUUGUUUAUUGGUGAGAUGGGGUUUUGGCCUGUGAUGAUUUGAAGCAUGCAAACGUUAAUGGCAAAAAAUAUCACUGUCUGUGUCAUUAUGUCUUCUUGUAGUAUGAAAUAUUCAUGCAGCAACAUGUUACGACAUAACUUUAAUGCAUUCAUAUGUUCUCAGCUCAUGUUUUUAUUGUACUUUGUUGUGUCCUUUGUACUGAUUUAUUUUGUGCUGAGUAUGCACUGCUCUGUGGUGUGGAAUUAUAAUAAUUUAUUUGAUUAUUUGCAAAAGUGUGUACAGUAAAUAUCACUGAUGGAAAAUCCCUUAAUCAGAUAUGCACUUUAAAUGUAAAGAUGGGAAAUAAGAUGGUGAUGUUCUCUUUUGCUUUAAGGUGGCCAAGUGUCCAAGAGUGCUAAAUAAAGAUACCACUUUAAAGACUUGAGUGUUCUAUUAUGUU